AUGGUCGCUUGUCCCAUAUGCGGGCAAUCUGUCAAGCAAGCUCAGAUCAAUGCUCACAUUGAUUCUGACUGCGUCAAGCACGUUGACGUAUCUGGACCGGUGCUCAAUGGCUCUUCUCAGCCAGAAACGUCAAUAUCUGGAUUUUUCUCGACACCGCUCGCGAAGCGUAUCGUAUCACAAGAGAACCCUAGGCCCGAGACCAAGCUGACUCCGGAUGAAGCCCGAUCUGUGCCGGCAAAACGUUCUUUCGUGGAUAAUCAGCAUCCUUUCAUCGACAUAGGGCAGAAUGGCAACACGGAGCCUGAAGGCGCACUUGUUGAGCCAACAGCCAAAAGGUCAAAGACGACAAAUGCUUUCCAGAAAGCUGCGCCUCUGGCAGAGCGCAUGCGCCCACGUACUCUUAAUGAUGUCUAUGGCCAAGACCUAGUUGGUCCCUCUGGCGUGUUGCGUGGCUUGAUCGAGCAGGAUAGGGUACCCAGCAUGAUCUUAUGGGGAAAUGCAGGGACUGGCAAAACAACUAUAGCUCGAGUCAUUGCGACCAUGGUGGACAGUCGUUUCGUGGAGAUCAACAGUACAAGUUCUGGGGUGGCAGAAUGCAAAAAGCUCUUCGGCGAGGCAAAAAACGAGCUUGGGCUCACUGGGCGAAAGACAAUCAUCUUCUGUGAUGAGAUCCACAGAUUCUCCAAGUCACAACAGGACGUCUUCCUAGGACCGGUGGAGAGUGGACAGAUAACACUCAUUGGAGCUACUACAGAGAAUCCUUCAUUCAAGAUCCAAGAUGCUCUGCUUUCGCGUUGUCGCACUUUCACAUUGCAGAAGCUUACCGAUGGCAGUAUUUGCGAGAUCCUUAAUCGAGCGUUACAAGAGGAGGGCCCCAACUAUUGCCCAUCAGCUCUUGUGGACGACGAGUUGGUAAAGUACCUCGCAGCUUUUGCAGACGGCGAUGCUCGGACUGCGCUCAACCUUCUUGAGCUAGCUAUGGAGCUAUCGAAACGAAAAGACAUGACCCAGGGGGAUUUGAAAAAGUCGUUGACCAAGACUUUAGUCUACGACAGAGCAGGAGAUCAACACUAUGAUACCAUCUCGGCCUUCCACAAGUCAAUCAGGGGUGGCGAUCCAGAUGCGGCUUUAUAUUAUUUGGCUCGAAUGCUGCAAUCCGGUGAGGAUGCCCUGUAUAUUGCUCGCCGUUUGGUGGUUGUUGCAUCUGAAGACAUUGGUCUGGCCGACAACGGUAUGCUAUCCUUGGCCACAGCAGCCUAUACUGCAGCUGAGAAGGUCGGUAUGCCAGAAGCACGUAUCAACCUUGCUCAUGCCACUGUUGCCAUGGCACUCUCCAAAAAGAGUACUAGAGCGUACAGGGGCCUUUCCAACGCGACUGCUGCUCUCCGUGAGCCAGGCAUCGCGGGCUUGCCAAUCCCAGUUCAUCUGCGUAAUGCUCCCACAAGACUUAUGAAAGAGCUGGGCUACGGCAAGGAGUAUAAGUACAACCCGGACUAUGUCGAUGGCAAGGUGGCGCAAGAGUAUCUUCCAGAGCAGUUGCGAGGCUGUCACUUUCUUGAAGAAGCUGACCUUGGAAACCAAUACGACCCUGAUAUAUCCCAACAUUGA